UGUCUGCAGCACACGGAUGACUGGAGCUGCUUCACCUCCAGGCUGUGCCUGGCUCCAGAUAUGCUGCAAGGAUAAACUACGCGCACUUCCUGGAGGGGCAAUGCACAAUGCUGGGAUUGCGUCAGAGUAAACUACAUCUCCCACAAGCGCUUUCGCGGUCACGUGGCUCCGUCUGCAGGCAGGCAUUUGCUGGUUCUCUAAUCUCUCUGGUGUGUGAGCCGUCACAUUGCCGUCAGUGCGGUCGGUGUGCGCAGCUCCAGGAUCUCAGUCAUCAUGUCUGACCCCAGCUCGUUCUGCUCCGCGGAGCAGUUCACCACCAGGCACCUGAACCUGCACCUGAGAGUGGACUUCUCUGCCCGAGUCAUCUCCGCCUCCACCGCCCUGACUGUGCGCUGCCUGCAGGACUCCCUCACCAGCCUGAUUUUGGAUACCAAAGACCUCACAAUCAAGAAAGUUUCUCUAAAUGGACAAGAGGCCAAAUUCUCCCUUGGGGCAGCUCACAGUUUUAAAGGCACACCACUGGAAAUCACUCUUCCUUCCCCCCUGACCAGAGGACAAGAAGCCAUUUUAAAAAUCUGCUGUGAAACCUCCCCAAAAUCAUCAGCUCUUCAGUGGCUUAACCCUGAACAGACUGCAGGGAAGUGCCACCCUUAUCUGUUUAGUCAAUGCCAGGCCACACACUGCAGAACUAUAGUUCCUUGUCAAGAUACUCCAUCAGUGAAGUUCACCUAUUACUGUCAGGUGUCUGUUCCAAAGGAGCUGGUGGCAUUAAUGAGCGCAUUGAGUGAUGGAGAUUUUAUUGACCCACAGGACUGCAAAAGGAAGAUCUUUCGCUUUAAGCAAAAUGUGCCAAUACCAAGCUAUUUAAUUGCUCUAGUGGUUGGCGCUUUGGAGGGGAGGAAGAUCGGUCCUAGGACCACAGUAUGGACUGAGAAAGAGCUCCUGGAGGCUUCUGUCUAUGAAUUUGCUGAGACAGAAAAAAUGCUUAAACAUGCAGAAUCUCUGGUCGGCCCUUAUGUCUGGGAGAAAUAUGACCUGCUCAUUUUGCCUCCAUCAUUCCCAUAUGGUGGGAUGGAGAACCCCUGCCUUACAUUUGUGACUCCGACUGUGCUGGCUGGUGAUCGAUCUCUAGCAAGUGUCAUUGCACAUGAAAUUUCACACAGCUGGACAGGAAACUUGGUUACAAACAGAACCUGGGAAAACUUCUGGUUAAAUGAAGGUCACACAGUCUAUCUGGAGAGGAGAAUUGAUGGACUUCUUUAUGGGGAGCAGUUCCGACAGUUCAAGGCUUUGGGGGGAUGGAAAGAGCUUCAGAAUUCAGUUAACACCUUUGGUGCCACUAAUCCUCUCACAAACUUGGUCCCCAAUCUACAUGAAGUUGAUGUGGAUGCGGCUUUCUCCUCUGUCCCUUAUGAAAAAGGAUUUGCCCUUUUGUUCUACUUAGAGCAGCUUCUUGGAGGACCAGAUGUGUUUCUGGGGUUCUUGAAAGCGUACAUCCAGGUGUUUGCUUAUAAGACUGUAACCACUGAGGAGUGGAAAACGUUCCUCUAUUCAUACUUCUCAGACAAGGUGGAGAUUCUUGAUAAAGUUGACUGGAAUGGGUGGAUGCACACGCCUGGCAUGCCACCAGUGCAACCAAAGUAUGAUAUGACUCUUGCCAAUGCCUGCAUCAAACUUGCGGACAGAUGGAUUGAGGCUAAGGAGAGUGAUCUGAGUUCAUUCACUGCAGCAGACCUGAAAGAAUUAUCAUCUCAUCAGCAAAUUGAGUUUCUGACUAUCUUGCUUCUUAAGGAUCCAUUGCCUGUGUCUCAUGUGAAGCGUAUGCAAGAGGUGUACAACUUCAAUGCUGUCAAGAACUCUGAAAUUCUAUUUAGGUGGUUACGACUUUGUAUUCGUUCUAAGUGGGAAGAAGUUAUUCCUUUGGCUUUAAAAAUGGCAACAGAGCAGGGCCGGAUGAAAUUUACUCGUCCUCUGUAUCGGGACCUGUACAACUUUGAUAAAGCUCAGGAUCAAGCAGUAAGCACUUUCCUCAAGAAUAGAUCCUCCAUGCAUCCAGUGACUGAAAUGCUGGUGGCCAAAGACUUGCACGUGGAUGCUUAAUACAUUAACUCUCAAAUACAGUGUUGUGCAUUAAACAGUUUAUACAUUACUGCCUUAAUCUUGGAUAAGUGGUAUUAGAACAAAUUUCAUAAAAUAUUUGUAUACUCUGUACUACAAUAAAUCAAUAAUAAAUUAA